AUGGGAGAUCAGAGGCUUCAGAAAGGCGCCAUGUUUAUGGCAGGGCUGACUCUUUUGCAGUCUCUCCUUGUGGCUUUAACCGGAGCAAAGUUUGCAAUGGAUAGAUUUAAAAUUCCGCAGCAGUAUGCCAGUUCGUUCAUUAACAUGGUUCAUAAUCCUAUGGAGUUGGCAACGUUUACUGGUAUUGUUAUUAUAAAUAUUCUUUCGUGGAUACCCGGUGUUAAUGGCUAUUUCAAGUGGUUUGCCAUUGUAACAAAUGCGACACUAUGUCUUUCCUUCAUUCUACUCCUCUAUGCAUUUACAUCUGGAGGCUCGCUGGGAAAUCUCACCUUCUACUACUGGACUAUCGUAUUCGGCUCAUUUGUUUAUGGACUAAACGUGGCAUCUGUAAUGAAUGUAGGAAGUGACAAUGCUUCCAUUUUCAGUGUAGGAAUUCCUCUCUCUGGUAUUCAGGUUUGCAUCUACUACUAUAUCUUUACUAAGUUAGCUGAGUGGUUUAACUUUUCAAAUGUUAGUUACAGGAUUAUAUUCUGGCAGCUUGUUAUAGCAAUAGUGAUAUCAUUCGUCUCUGCCAUAGUGUGGGCUAUUGCCUAUCAUGAUGCUAAUGGUGGAGGCGGUGGAGGUAGCCUUAGUGGAAUUGAAAAGGCCAUAUCUCCAAUUCUCAUGGGUGUGGUAGGUAUGGGUGGCAUCUAUGCCUUCUACCCUGCCAUUGCUCCUUAUAAGCUGACUGAUGUUAGCACAGGUUACAAGAUUGACCUGGUAGUUCUCUUUACAAGUGCCGUUCCUUCUCUUGUUAUUGCAGCUCUAUGCUCAUGUCAAAUUGAUGUUGGCCCAAAUAAAAAGUGGGAAGGUAAUGCUCAAGGGUGGCAUGCUACUUGGGUUCUGGCCAUUCCACACAUUACUGCUAUGGUCUUAUGCUUUGUUACACUUCAUUAUCCUGAUGGUAGAGUAGCUAGUUCUAUAAAAAGUAGUGGUUUAAGGGUUGGAGUCAUUACUAUCACCUUAAAGUUUUGUGAAGAAUUUCUAAAGGCUGUAUCUUAUGCUGGAGCUGGUAAGCAAGGUGGUAGUGAAGGUGCUAUUUCGUCUUUCAACACUUUCACAUCUCAAGGUUUAAUGAUAGUCUUGGCCUUUACUGGAGAUGGUUACCUCAAGACUUACUCUAAAUAUGAACAUGACAGGAGUAAAUGGCCUACUAAAGACUUUGGGACGCUUGGCUCCAUAUGGUUUUGGACAAAGAAUGGAAUGAAGGUGGCCUGUAAGAGUGUUAAAUCAUCCUUUACCAAGAAUGUCAGAUGCAAGGUUUUGGGUAAAUCAGAGGCUCUACUCAUUGUCUAUGAAGAUCAGGAAUUUUAA